CGAGGAGACGCUCUACAGCUGUUUAUGAUUCUUCGGCAUGGACGGUACACUCACCUCACCUGCACGGAUAUGAACCUACUUUCCCGGCCAAUUAAGCUUUUGUGGUGAAGAUAAGCCGUGGACAUUAAAGUAUACGGUUUAAUAUGACAGUUAGAGUGCUAUACUUGUGAUAGGUUAGCUGGUACAGUUGCGCGUUUUAGUAAAGCAGCUGAACAACUUGUCAACAUUCUGUUCUAUGCUGGAACGGGAUGACGCGGCAUCAGAAAGCAGAAUUCUCACCAUUGGAGCAUGUGUUACAAUGUAACGUCUGAGAUGUCGAGGCUACUUUGUUGCUAUUUAAUAUAGGCUACUGGUGAAACUACUUGCAUUCAUUUUUUGCCUUCACGGAAACGGUAUAUUAAGCCGACACAGAAACCUGUAGAUUGUUCGGAAAUGACAACGCAACUAAGUCUGACUAACGUUAACUGACAACUUGACUCUCGGUUCCUUGCUUUGGUUCCUAUUUUGGGAAUAUUCGAUGGUUUAUUGUACCGAUGUCAUUGGAUGACUUUACCACUCUAUACGGUUAAUUUUGUAAACAGUCCAGCUAGCUGCCAGCGGCCAAAGAGAUGCGGGCUCUUGGAAGAAACUGUUAAAAAGAACACAGAAGACAAGGGGACACCGUCUAACCAGUGUGUCCCUGUAUUUUCUCUUGAAAAGCCUGCUGAUAGUCCUCAAACAGCUAAUCCUUUCUUGGAAAGCUGAACCUAGCCGUCAGCCGCACUUGUCAAAAAUAAUUCACAGUGAAUGAAUCAAAAUGUCGGCUAUCACCGCGUCUGAGAAAGUGGACGGAUUCACCCGAAAGUCGAUGAGGAAGGCCCAGAAACAGAAGAAAUCUCAAGGCUCAUCCCAGUUUCGGACUCAGAGCGCCUGCCUUGAGCUUUCCACCCUUCCUCAGCUCAAAGACGCCCCUUCCACCGAGCAGCAGGAGCUGUUUGCGCAGAAGCUGCAGCAGUGCUGCGUGCUCUUUGACUUCAUGGACUCGGUGACGGACCUGAAGAGCAAGGAGAUCAAGCGCGCCACGCUGACCGAACUGGUGGACUACGUCUCCACCAACCGCGGAGUGCUCACCGAGCAGUCCUACCCCGACAUCACACACAUGAUCUGCACCAAUAUUUUCCGGACUCUUCCGCCCAGUGACAACCCAGACUUUGACCCAGAGGAGGAUGAACCCACCCUUGAGGCCUCCUGGCCUCACAUACAGCUGGUGUAUGAGUUCAUGCUGAGGUUCCUGGAGAACCCUGACUUCCAGCCCACCAUCGCCAAGAGGUACAUCGACCAGAAGUUUGUGCUGCAGCUGUUGGAGCUGUUUGACAGUGAGGACCCGCGGGAGCGUGACUUCCUGAAGACUGUGCUCCACCGCAUCUACGGGAAGUUCCUGGGACUGCGCGCCUUUAUCAGGAAACAGAUCAACAACAUCUUCCUGCGGUUCAUCUACGAGACGGAGCACUUCAAUGGGGUGGCAGAGCUCCUGGAGAUCUUGGGAAGCAUCAUCAACGGCUUCGCCCUGCCACUGAAGGCUGAACACAAACAGUUCCUCAUGAAGGUGCUCAUCCCUCUGCACACAGCCAAGGCACUGGCGCUGUUUCAUGCACAGCUGGCCUAUUGUGUGGUGCAGUUCCUGGAGAAGGACCCCACCCUCACUGAACCGGUUAUCCGAGGACUCCUGAAGUUUUGGCCCAAAACCUGUAGUCAGAAAGAGGUGAUGUACCUGGGCGAGAUCGAGGAGAUUCUGGACGUGAUCGAGCCAACCCAGUUCAAAAAGGUGCAGGAGCCUCUCUUCAAGCAGAUCUCCAGAUGCGUGGCCAACCCCCACUUCCAGGUGGCGGAAAGGGCGCUCUACUUCUGGAAUAAUGAGUACAUCCUGAGCCUGAUCGAGGAGAACAUCGGCACGGUCCUGCCCAUUAUGUUUGGAAGUCUGUACCGUAUCUCCAAAGAGCACUGGAAUCCGACAAUCGUAGCACUGGUAUACAAUGUGCUGAAGACCCUGAUGGAGAUGAACAACACUCUGUUUGACGAGCUCACAGCUUCCUACAAAGCUGACCGCCAGCGAGAGAAGAAGAAGGAGCAGGAGCGUGAGGAGUUGUGGAAGAAGCUGGAUGAGCUCCGGCUACGCGACACGCAGAACAACAGCCACGGAGUUUCCAACGCCCUCAACAACAGCAGUAACAACAACAACAACAACAACAACGCCGACUCCAACCACCAUGACAAGAACGCCGACUCCGACUCCGCCGCCGACACCACGAAGGAUGGCGUCACCACAGAGCAGGGCGCUACCAUGGAAACCAAAUGACACCAAAUCCUUGUUUUUUGACUACUUUUCUUGCCAGUCUGAGAUUGGUGUGUGACUAUAAAGGAAGUGGGGAUUUUUGGGAACAGAACAGAAAAGAAAUAAUAAAUAUAUAUAUAUAUAUAUAUAUAUAUAUAUAUAUAUAUAUAUAUAUAUAUAUAUAUAUAUAUAUAUAUAUUUAGAAAACAAACAGCAGAAGGUUGCAUUGGAGACCUCAGUAUAAUAAAAUGUAUAGAACUACUUCAGUUGCCAGCUGUGUGGCAGAGAAAUUAUAUUUCAAGAACAUUUAAGACUAUUUUUGGAUGUUAACGUGUGGCCACAGUAUAUUAUGAAACUUUUAACUUUUAUUUUUUGGUCUGAUCAAAAGAUUUAUCCUUUCACAUCUAGUUUCUUAUCUGAGAAAUGAACUUUUUUGUGAUGUUUAAAUGUAUUAAUGUGGGAGGAAAGGUGGGGAAGACAAAAGACUUGAAAAAAAAAGUUUCUGAUUGUGCUGCACUUAGACAGACUCCAUAAAUGGCUAUUUUAAAAAUAAUUGUGUGUUUUAUAUGUGCUUUUCUUCACUGCUGCCAAUGCUGGGGGUGCAAAUGUUUCUGGCUGGAGGAAUUUGUGUGUAUGCAUCUGAAUGUGUGUGCGUGUAUGUGUGCAUCUGUGUGUCUGUGUUUAAUAUUAGUUUAGAAUGUUGGUGAGAAGACAUUAUGACUUCACAAUGCUAUGAGGUUCUGGUUGGGGGAUGCGUGAGUGGGGUGCACACUGCAACUUUGCUGGGAAACUACUCUGAGAUUAUAUGUGCAGCCAUGGACUAUUUAAGUAUUAGAUCAGCUAUAGCUGCUGAAUGUGCACACAAAUCUAAUGUUAAGCCAGCUGGCAUAUUUUUUCCCAUAAAUUAAGAUUAAUAAAGGAUGGUAAUAGACCAGAGAUGAGCCAUAUAUUUUUCCCAUGCAAGAGUGUCAUUUUAAUAUAUUUUUUUAAUGGAUGUUUGAAGUACUACUCUGCUCAAAAGGACUUUGUGGUAGCAAACUCAAAAUGUUAAGGCCUUGGAUAAUGAUUUGUACCGGAGUAAAAACAUGGAAAACUGCGCACAGGUGGUGUGUCAUAAAUGUUUAAUAAAGAUGCAGGAGGAUCAUGUCAUCACCCGUGCAAAAAAAUGACCAAGUACCACCUUUGAGCCGAUUUUCUUGUGUAUGCUCCAUUUAGGGCAGUCACUGGCCACUGCAAUCUUGAAUAGGCGAUGGUGGAAAGGGGGUUUGGGGUGGUUCAGGAUGAACGUCUGUUCUCUGUGUGUGUGUCUAGUCUUUCUGAUGCCUUUCUGUCAGUGUACCAUUCCAAUCUCUGUGACAUACAAUCGUGUGGGGGAAACUGUUUUGUAAUGAAAGACCACAAGUGGUUUUGAACACCGUUGAAAAAUAAAGUCUACCUUAUGUUUCUA